AUGAGUUCAACACAGCCCAGAGCCUCUGCUAGCUAGUCUCUGGGUGUGUGGCCCCAAAUUUACUGUGUAGCUGAGGAUUAUCUUGAACUUUUUCCUGAGGGCAGAGCAGACCUUCUGGAGCCUGACAUAUCGUGUGUGGGCAGGCAAGGGCUCUACUAAAGUGAAGUCGGAGCUGCCGUUGAGCCAGCCGAAGAAAGGUAUGAGCUACUUGAGGGACAGACCUUGACAGUGAGCUGCCCCUUCAACAUCAUGAAAUAUGCCAGGAGCCAGAAGGCUUGGCAGAGGCUGCCGGAUGGGAAGGAGCCCUUGACACUGGUGAUCACAGAGGGGUCGUCUGGAAAUCCCAGUGAAGUCCGCGAGGGGAAGUACACACUGAAGGACGACCCUGCUGAGGCCAUGUUGCAUGUCCAAAUGACUGACCUUCGAGUGACAGACUCUGGAUUGUAUCGCUGUGUCAUUUACUACCCUUCUAAGGAACCUAUUCCACUCUUGCAUCCUGUCCGCCUGGUGGUGACCAAGGAUUCCUCAGGUCUGCCCACCCUAAGCAUCACUCCUACUACAAGCCCAACUAAAGCUCCCAUCCUUAUUACCACAAAACACCUGCCGAGGGACAGGACUGUGACCCAAGCCUUCCCCAAGUCCACAGCUGGUGUCUCUUCUCCUGACCCUGGAGUCACCUUCCCAAACGUGACAACUGUUACCAGCAGGGUCUCCAUAUCCAGCAUCGUUGUUCCCGUGGUCUGUGGACUCUUCAUUAAGACCCUGGUCUUCACUGUUUUGUUUGCUGUCACACGGAGGUCAUUUGGGUGACAGACCAUGAAACCACACGACAGUGACCUCCGACUUUCAGCCAUGUCUGUCUCACAGGACGAGCUGAGGGUGGGGCUAAGGAGGGACUGUGAUAUGAAUUGAGCCUGUAAUCAUGGCUGACAUCUAAGGCUCAGAAUGUCCCCUGCUGGCCAUGCCCUCCCUCCUCAUUCUCUCCAUCAUCUUGGGCAACUGCUCUGCUCCCUCAGAAGAGGGUAAACAGUGUCCAGCACCCUCCAGCCAUUCUGCCUGAGUAGAUGAGUUGUCCUGAAAUAAAGCCAGAGCCCAGUGCUUCUCUGUCACCUUCGUGGGAGUCGUGAGGUUUAGUGUCACCUCUACUAUUCCUGCCCCCACAUCCUUCCCUUGGUUGGUGCAAUUCUAACCGCCUAGGCAGGGCCCUUGCUGGUAAAACAGCCUGCUCUCCAGGCCUCUGGGGCCUUCCUCUCUGGGAAUCAGGCACUCAGAUUUGUCUUCAUCUGUGGUCCUCUGAACACUCCCAACCAUGGACCAAGAAGACAAGAUCCCACCUUGAGAAUUAUGCAGCUGGGAGAGAGAAAUCAAGCUCACCUGGAUGCUGUUGUCUGGGAGACUCUUGGAGGAGGAGAUGGCAUCCAUAAGACUGGACCAGUACCAUGCAUCAUCACGCUGUGUGCGUUUAUCAUUGACUCCUCAGUGCAACCCAUGAAGGCCAAGGCGUGUGUGACCAGCGUGAGGCUGCAGGAGCAGUGGCCCCACCUCCUGGCAGGAAUGAAGUCUAGGGAGUUCCCUUGCUGAAGCGCUCCAAAGGCUGAGAGAUGGAGAGCAGGGCUCUGCUGCCAGCUGAAUGGCCUCUUCCUGGACUGAGGGGUGUGGUGGGGGGAGGAGCCCAUCCCAGACUGGGGAGGACUGUCCCCAGUGGGCCUCUACCUCCCCCUCACCUUCUUCCACCUCUCGGGCUCCUCCCAGGUGCCCUGUGUUCCUGAUGCUGUUUCUGAGACACAGGCAUUGUCUUGUCAUCUUUUGGGGCUCUAAAGACAAAGGGUCCCUGUGUGUGAGGAAACGAUGGUACAUUAGCCCAUUCCACAUCAACAAUGGUGAGGGCCAACUUCAUCCUAAGGUUCCCAAGAGCAAACACGUCUCACCACAUAGCAUCCAGCUCACUUGAUCUCAGGCAGAAGGCUGAGAAGUGGCUAUUCCACUCAUCUUAGGUCAGGAAAUCGCAUUGUUGUCAGGGAGACUUUCCCCUACUCCCCUGAAGAGAUCCCAAGUUAAGGCAUGCUUCCCCCACAGAAGGACGUUUCCUGUGAACAGGGCUCUCUGUAUAAUCCUGCCCUGGGGUGGCAUUGAUGAAGCACAGGGUAUU